CUUGUCUUGUUGCUAAUAUAUACUUUAAAUUCUUUGGCUCCUGUCUGUGUUUGAGGUUUAAGUAGAAAUAAAAAAUGGUUAUCAUUUGCAAAGCUGUAUUUUGAUGUUGGUGACUAUGAACAAACUUGUGGUUACGUCUCUUCAUAUUUAACUGUUAAUCCAAAAUCACCCGAAGGAUAUCAACUGCUGGGAAAAGCAUUAGAAAAUUUAAGUGAAAAAGAAGCUGCACUUGUGGCUUAUAGAACUAGCUUACAGUUUGAUCCUAAGCAAAACGAUUUAGUUAUAAAGGCUUGUGAAUUACUAGCAUCGGAUAACAUGGAUAUGGAUAAUCCAGAUGCAAAGUAUUUCUAUGAUUUGGGUCAAUCUGUUAAUCCACAAAAUCUGGCUGUAUUUAGUUUGCUGGUGCGGAUGAUAAUUACAAAAAAUGACGAUCCCAUUGAAGUCUCUAAACUGCUAUUAAAGGAGCAUGAAACCAGACCAACUGAUGUGAACUUAUGGGUUCGGCUACUUAAACACUUUCUACAAAACAACCUGAUUAAAAAGGCAUACAAACAUGCAUCUGCGGUCGAGAAAAAAAAUUUGUCCAUUUUUCAUAACGACUUAACUUGGUACGAGACAUUUGACGAAGUUCUCGUGAGGUUUGAAAGUGACCUUACAUAUAGUUCUCAGCUCACUUGGGAGUUUUGGUUCCUAUCCGUAUCUGUGCUGGAUAGAUUGGUAGCCCUGAGUUUGGAUGAGCACUUAGAUACUGUAAAAACUAGUACCGAAUAUGUAACUGCAGUCUUCAAUUUCGAUCAAAUGCUGUCUAAAGCCUCGCAGAAUAUUCAGACAUGUCCAGAUCGCCAAUUAGUAACAGUAUUUUUGAGCCAUUAUCACGCUCCGUUAUAUUUCUAUCUAGCCACGCUCAUUUUUAAACAAGCUAAAAAGGAUCUAAUUCAGUUCAAAGAGGCUUCCAAUGUAACCCUUCCCGUUUUGUUAGCGGCUUACCAUUCCUGCCCCCCCGACUUGCAGAGUAUGUGGCUGAUACAAUCUCCAGAAAAUAGGAGACGCCUUGUACAACACUGGCACAAAGAAGCCUCUUAUCGUUGCUCACAAACGGGACACAUCCUUCUAGCUGCUGCUAAGGAUAGAAAGACUAUCGUAUUAGAAAAGGCAACACAGUAUUCAACGGUAAUGUGGCGGGAACAACUCUACAAGAAGGUGUUUGUGAAAAAAGAUCAACAACUCAAAAUAUCGACAAGUUUUUUCGUUUUAAGCUUUCAAGUCUUAGAGCCAGUUAUAAAAUUGCCUGAUCCUCUAGAUUUAGUAAAUUCGAUGAAGUUGCUCAGCUAGUAUAUCCUGACUCUCUACACCAUUACAUUUGGCUUGGUUUAAACAGUGAGUUAAGCGAUAUAGAGGUAAAAUCUUUCGAAGGCCUGCAGUAUUCUAUAGAAAAUUUGAACAAUUGUGCUGCUGAGGCAUUAAACGUUCUGGAUAUUCAAGCAUUUCUUUAUUGCGCUGUUCUCUGUGCCAAGUCUAAGAUGGACGAUACUAAAAACUUCAAUUAUGACAACCACGAUAGAUCUACAGUUUUACCGGCCUGUGUAACGGAAGAUUUAGGCAUUUUAAACCAGUCGAGGUUUAUAUCGAUCGCUUAUGAGAUGUACAAAAAUGAACAAGAAGUUAAUGCGGCAGGCAUUCCUUUGUUCCUAAUUAAAGGCAUCAAAGUGGUUAGGUGUGUAGAUCGUCACGGCUUG